AUGCCCAUAUACAUGCCCGACACAUAUAUGCCCGACAUGGCGUCGAUGUUACCUGUCCAGAAGCAACCAUAUGCCUCUUCACAGUACGGUCACGAGAUGCGGUUUGCUAGCAAAUGUGGCCACAAUAUCCAUCCAUCCAGCGCACAACAUACACCAUGGUGCUCCCCGUGUGCUGUAUCUCAGGCCAAAGCAAAGACGGAAGUUGCAUUGCAGAAGGUAGUAACCGAGGGCGGCUUGCUUCCACCAGAUUACAUGCGCACCCAGCGGUGGAACCGGGCAAAGAAAGCGUACCAUAUUGCAAGAGACCGACUCGACAGAGCGAGAAGAAACGAGCAAUUGCGCUGGGAACGUGAGCAGGCAUGGAACUUUGCGCAUGAGCGAUUCGACUUCCAACGUACCCAGGCAGCAGCAGUCUUACCCGAGACCUGUUCGCUGUGUCCGGCAUGUGACUCUAUGGUGGCGUAUUACCCCACGAAUAUCCCUGAGGCCCAAGUUGCAGCCUAUGCAGCAUGGUGGGAGCGAUCAGGCGCACUUUCUACCACCACGCCCAUUUCCAGGUGCAGCACAACGCUGUCCCCGCACCACAACCAAAAUCGCCGGUGCGCGCAAACAACGGAAGGAAACCCGAGCUUGCGCCAAGCGGUGCAGACACUUCGCAAUGAGACAAGAAAGAGGGAAAGACUUGAACAAGGCUGGUAUGAGCGAACUACAAUGGACCGUGCGGUACGCAGCAAAUACAAUCUGGGCCCGGAAUACACAAUCGCACAAGAAUUCUGGAAUAUUCCUUUAUCGCUGCUGCUCAGUCGCCAGGUGUACGAAUACAGCAUAAACCAAGCCCGCCUAGCUCAGCGGAAUGCGCGCGGGCAGACACGACCCAUUCCGCCACGUAGUCCCUUGUCGCACUCGCUGUCCUCCGAAGAUUUACAGGCCGAUGCAGACCUUGCAGCGAGGCUGUAUGAACAGGAGGAAAAUGAGAGACUAGAGCGGCAGGUCAAGAAGAUAGCCAAAGAGAUUAGCUAUCUCUAUUUCGUUGGUAACAAGAAGACCGGCAUGGCGGAGUGGAACGAAGCAUUUGAAGAGAGUAAUAAGACGCUCGUGGUUAGGGUGCGAGAGUUCAGCUACGAGUCAUCCGAUUCAUCAAGUAGUGGGGAGAACAUGGAUGAUGUUGACGACAACCAUGAGGACAUGGAAAUCGAUGAGCCUUAG